AUGAGAUCUCAGCUGUCUGCCAUCUGUUUAGCCCUGCUCCUGUCCUGGGCCUGCCGAGCCAAACCAAACGGAUCAAAGAACAAGAAGCCAAAGCAAGUAGUGCCAGCGAUCGAGUGUGAUGUCAGAGCAGGAAAAAUCAACCUCCCAGAGUUCAUAGUGAAGUGUCCGGCUCACUGCAAAGAGACCAAGCAGCAGGUCUAUGGGACAGCAGUGUUCGCGUCCAUCUCUAGUAUCUGCAAUGCUGCUAUUCACAGUGGAGUCAUCACAAACACAGGAGGGAAAGUGAUUGUGAAGAAAAUGGCAGGACAGAGCAUUUACAAAGGUUCCAACUCAAACGGAGUGAGGUCUCUGUCUCUGCCCAAGUGGAGAGAGUCCUUCACAGUUUAUGUUGGAAAACCUAAGAAAGGAGUGAUAUACCCUUCAACGCUGGACUAUGUGCCUUCAAGACCAACUUAUGUCAAACCAAGUCAGAAAGAGGCCAAGACACAGGUAGUUUCCACCACGUCUCCUCCCACCACACCUGUGCCCACCACCACAACCACACCCGAGCCCACCACCACCACCACCACCGAGGCUCCAACCACCACCACCACCACCACCGAGGCUCCGACCUCCACUGCUGCCCCCACCACCACCACCAGGGCCCGGGCCGCUGCUCAUAAAGUCAGGGAUGCAGGCAGCAGCCACCCGUACCUAGCCUCCGCCGCCGCAGCGAGACAGACCCAGAGCGGAGCAGGGAAGAGUCCUGUUCAAGUCUUCAGAGGUGCAGCCUAUCCCGGUCGCUUCCCACAGAGAAUCAGUGCAGGCCUCCGUAGACAAGAGGCCGGAGCAGCCAUCAGGAGACAGCCGUCUGCUCCCAUGGGGCCAGCUUUUAACAGAGUCCAGCCCUCUACACCGGACCGGAGCCAAGGGACAGGCCAGUCCAACGCCAACCCCACUUUUCCCAGAAGGGAUUGGGCGCCCCCCUCCUACCCGCGACCCGAUUGGUUUCCUGGAGCCAGGCGUCCCGCAGAUGUAAGUUAUUCCGUGCCAGACUCAGGAUACUCAUGGACUGAGACCGCGGAGACAGCGGACAUCCCCGCUCGGGAUCAAAGGCCUGAUUUCUCUGACUUUGAGCGCUGGUAUUAUAACGUUGGACCCUACCUGUCCAGAGCGUACGAAGCAGACGGGAAUCGAAAAGUAGCCCUGGAUUCAACCCACACAAAAGUGGAACCAGUGGACUCCUGGAAGCCUGACAUGAACCUUUAUGAAUCAGGUUUCAAUUUGAGAGAGCCAGAGCCUAUUCCCAGAAUCCCUGAACCGGUAUCCCAAGGAGAUCCAAAUUGUAAGGUGGACAUGGUGUUUUUAAUGGACGGCAGCUGGAGUAUUGGAAAGCGCAGGUUUAAGAUCCAAAAGGACUUUUUGGCAGAAGUGGCACAGACAAUAAAUGUGGGCGUGGCCGGACCCAUGAUGGGCAUCAUCCAGUAUGGUGACGACCCGGUGACAGAGAUCAGCCUGAAGUCUUACUCCAGCUCCAGAGACGUGAAGUCGGCCGUGGACAAGAUCGUGCAGAAGGGGGGCCAGUCCAACGUGGGGAAGGCCCUCUCCUACAUCAAUAAGCUGUACUUCAGUGACGCCAAUGGGAACAGAGGGGGGGCUCCUAACGUGGCCGUGGUCCUGGUGGAUGGAUGGCCCACGGAUAAAGUGGAGGAGGCGUCCAGACUCGCACGAGAAUCAGGCAUCAACAUCUUCUUUGUGACCAUCGAGGGCGCGGACGACAACGAGAAGCACAACCUGGUGGAGGCCAAUUUUGUGGAUAAGGCUGUGUGCCGCACCAAUGGCUUCUUCUCACUGCCCGUGUCCAGCUGGUUCGGCCUGAGGAAAGCCUUGCAGCCGCUGGUGAAGAGAGUGUGUGACACGGAUCGUCUGGUCUGCAGUAAAACCUGUCUGAACGCCAACGACAUUGCCUUCGUAAUCGACGGCUCCAGCAGCGUGGGCACCGGCAACUUCCGCACCGUGCUGCAGUUCGUGGCCAAUGUGACCCGGGAGUUCGAGAUCUCGGACACGGACACGCGGGUGGGGGCGGUGCAGUACACGUACGAGCAGCGGCUGGAGUUUGCCUUCGGACAGUACAACAACAAGGCCGAGCUGCUAAACGCCAUCAAGCGCAUCAACUACUGGAGCGGCGGGACCAGCACCGGCGCCGCCAUCACCUACGCCGCCGAACAGCUCUUCAGCAAAUCCAAACCAAACAAACGCAAAAUCAUGAUCGUGAUCACAGACGGGAGGUCCUACGAUGACGUCAGGGCCCCCGCGCUGGCCGUGCAUCGCCAAGGCGUAAUCGCGUACUCCAUCGGCAUCGCGUGGGCGGCGCAGGACGAGCUGGAGUACAUCGCCACGGACCCCGACAAAGAGCACUCCUAUUUCGUGGACGAGUUUGACAAUCUGUACAAAUACGUGUCCAAAAUCGUACAGAACAUCUGCCAGGAAUUCAACUCUCAGCCCAGAAACUGA